GGAAAGAAAAGAGGCGAGAAGGAGAAAAACAUUACUAAUCAAGACUAAACGCACGCAUUUGGUGUUUUAACACAGUAUCAAUUGAAUAAUGUGUCAAAUGCUGACCGUUUAUAGUUAAUAACUUAUAUAUAAUCGCCGCCAGCAUUCGCGGUACAGCGUGUUAGCAACAGACGAACAACCAACCAACAAACCGUCAGACCGUCGCCGCAGUAGUCAAAUUUUCUUACGCACUAUUUGCUCGGUUGUUUCAGAGUCGUUUGUGUCUGUUGGUGUGUCGGUGUGUCGAAAACAAAACGCAAAACGUACGAAAAAGAAAAGUAAGCAAGCUAGCGAGCGAGCAACAGCAGCAGACAUUACAAAUAAAUCGAAAUUCUAAAAUAACAAGCAACACACACAAUCAUAAUUAAGUGUACAAUGAGUGAGAAACGUGCUGCAACGCCGACGAGGGAUAAUGCCAGGCUCAAAAUCGAACAGGAAUAUAAUGACAAAAAAAAUGGAUCGGGUUGGAAUCGAUACUACAAGGAAAUAUGUGAAAUAUGCGAACGCGUGGCCAAAACGCAAAUGUACACCACACUGGAAUCGGAUCGUCCACAGAAUCGAGGGCUGAAUCGAUAUAGAGAUGUCAAUCCCUAUGAUCAUUCGCGCAUUGUGCUAAAACGCGGCACAAUUGAUUACAUCAAUGCCAACCUGGUGAAGCUGGACCGUGCCGAUCGUCAAUAUAUACUGACACAGGGUCCGCUGCAGGAUACGGUGGGUCACUUUUGGUUGAUGGUCUGGGAGCAAAACUCACGCGCUAUUCUAAUGCUCAACAAGCUGAAGGAGAAGAAGCAGGUUAAAUGCCAUCCCUAUUGGCCGGAUCAGCUGGGAGCCAAUAAUGCGCUUAAUCUGAAAGAUGUUAAUCUGUCUGUGGAGCUGAUUCGCUGCGAAAACUAUCAGAACUUUGUGCGGCGGUGGUUCAAAUUAACUGAUCUCGAAACGAAUAAGAGCCGUGAAGUUAUGCAAUUCCAUUAUACAACCUGGCCGGACUUUGGCAUUCCCAGUUCACCGGAUGCAUUUCUAAAGUUCUUACAGCAGGUGCGCGACUCAGGUGCACUGAAGGAGGAUGUCGGCCCAGCUGUGGUCCAUUGCAGUGCCGGCAUUGGACGAUCUGGCACAUUUUGCCUGGUCGACUGCUGUCUGGUGCUGGUGGACAAGUAUGGCGAGUGCAAUGUAUCGAAAGUACUGUGCGAACUGCGCACCUACCGACUGGGACUUAUACAAACGGCUGAUCAGCUGGACUUUUCAUAUCAGGCAAUAAUCGAAGGCAUCAAAAAACUGAACGAUCCUAGCUUUCUUAGUGCUGAAGAGCCAAUCAUUAGCAAUGAGACGGAUCCGCACAUGCAGGAUGAGCAACCGCCUCCAUUGCCUCCACGUUCUCAUUCGCUGAACUUGCCACUGGCGCCCAAUACAGGUGGAGUGCUCUCUCUGGAUAUGCGAGCAGCGCAAGCCAAUGGCGACAAUGUUGCCGUAGGCGAUGACAAUGGCUUAAUAACCGCCGAUAAGCAGACGCUGAGCAGCAAGGAUGCUCUCAACAAUAUCAUAACCAGUCAACCUGAGAUCGUAAAUGCCGAAGUGGCAGAUAGUUUGCUUAACAAUCGUCCACUUCCGCCGCUGCCCAAAUUGCCAAAGCAUAGCGAACUGGAAUCGGAUAGCGAUGACGACGACGAAGCCUAUGAUGACAACGAUGACGACGAUGAAGAUGAGGAAUAUGAGAAUAUUAAUGAACACAAGGCAGAGCCUGCCAAUGGCGAUGUCACAAACCUAAAGCCCCAUGAAGAUGAUGUUAAUGCCAACAGCGAAAAGCCAACGGCGAUUGAUCAGCAUAAGGUCAACGGCAUUGAUUUGACGAGUACCGGGGAUGAGCUGAAACGACGAAAACGCAAUGAAUACCAAGCGAAUCUGGAACAGAAAGUCAACGAAAUUAAGCGCAAACAGCGUGAGAACGAGGACAAUCAGCAGGCGGCGAAAAAACGAAGGUCAUUACUCACAUAUAUUGCCGCUGGUGUUGUUGUGGGCGUCAUUGCCGUCUACGCGUACACAAAGCUAGGUUAAGUCCUUGAAGUUAGCCACAGACGAUAGUAGUAGACCGUAGUAGUUGUAGCAAUUGAAUCAGAAUAUAGUGGCAUAGUAGCGUGACAGUGAUUCCCAAUUCUGGGCAUAUGUAUCUAUGUAUGUGUAUGUAUAUGUAUGUAUGUAUGUAGGUCUUAUCGAGCUAACAUCAAAUGUCAGCGCGACACAAAUCUUGCACACACACACACACAAACACGCACAGAGAUACAAAUACACCCAUACACACAUGAGUUGGACAGCGAACAAUGCGAUGAAAAAGUCGCAUUAGUUGAAACGAUAAUGACAAUGCAAAUUAGGGAAUUUUUUUUAUAUAAAA